AUGUCCGUUGAUGGAAGUCUGUACUACGAAGGUUGCACGCCUGGUUAUAUAUUUUUAUUUGACAUGCAGGGUGUUGGACUAGGUCACUUGACCAGACUGUCAAUCACCAGCAUACGUAGAUUUUUUGAAUACCUGCAAGAAGGUCUUCCAGUAAGACUUAAAGGCAUACAUGUACUCAAUGCCGUGUGGUUCAUGGACAAGAUUCUCGCACUUAUUCGACCUUUCAUGAAGCGUGAGUUAUUUGACAACCUUCAUCUUUACACCGGCGAUGUUAAAGAAAUUUAUCAGCAUAUACCACCCGAAUGUUUGCCCAAGGACUUUGGAGGUCAAUUGGAUUCAUUAGAGACUCUUCAUGAGGAGCACUGUGAAAAGUUAUACGCGCUACGAGAUUACUUUUUAGAAGAAGAACGUCUCUUCCGU